AGGACGUGACGCCGGGAGGGGCGGGGCGCCCUCUGCGCCGGAAGUGGCUCGCAGAUCGUAAAUAAGCCCGGAAAACCGGGCGAGGCAGUGUCUCCAUUUUGUUGGCAUUUGCCGUCCCGGCGGCGCCUUGGCGAUGGGGAGCGUCCUGGGGCUGUGCUCCAUGGCGAGCUGGAUACCAUGUUUGUGUGGCAGUGCCCCGUGUUUGCUGUGCCGCUGCUGCCCUAGUGGAAACAACUCCACUGUAACGAGGCUGAUCUAUGUGUUCUUCUUGUUUGUUGGAGUGUGUGUAGCUUGUGUCAUGUUAAUACCGGGAAUGGAAGAACAACUGAAUAAGAUUCCUGGAUUUUGUGAGAAUGAGAAAGGUGUCGUCCCUUGUAAUAUUCUGGUUGGCUACAAAGCUGUAUACCGUUUGUGCUUUGGCUUGGCUAUGUUCUACCUUCUCCUCUCUCUAUUGAUGAUCAAAGUGAAGAGCAGCAGUGAUCCUCGAGCUGCAGUACACAAUGGAUUCUGGUUCUUUAAAUUUUCUGCAGCAAUAGCAAUUAUUAUUGGGGCUUUCUUCAUUCCAGAAGGAACUUUUACAACUGUGUGGUUUUAUGUAGGCAUGGCAGGUGCCUUUUGCUUCAUCCUCAUACAGCUUGUCUUACUCAUUGAUUUUGCCCAUUCAUGGAAUGAGUCAUGGGUUGAAAAGAUGGAAGAAGGAAACUCAAGAUGUUGGUAUGCAGCUUUGUUAUCAGCUACAGCUCUGAAUUAUCUGCUGUCUUUAGUUGCUAUCAUCCUGUUCUUUGUUUACUAUACUCAUCCAGCCAGUUGUUCCGAAAACAAAGCAUUCAUCAGUGUCAACAUGCUCCUCUGCCUUGGUGCUUCUGUAAUGUCUAUACUGCCAAAAAUCCAAGAAUCACAACCAAGAUCUGGUUUAUUACAAUCUUCAGUGAUUACAGUCUACACAAUGUAUUUGACAUGGUCUGCUAUGACCAAUGAACCAGAAACAAAUUGCAACCCAAGUCUGCUAAGCAUAAUUGGGUACAAUACAACAAGCAUUGUCCCAAAGGAUGGAGAGUCUGUCCAGUGGUGGCAUGCUCAAGGAAUUAUAGGACUAAUCCUCUUUUUAUUGUGUGUGUUUUAUUCAAGCAUCCGUACUUCGAACAAUAGUCAGGUAAAUAAACUGACUCUAACAAGUGAUGAAUCAACAUUAAUAGAAGAUGGUGGACCCAGAAAUGAUGGAUCACUUGAGGAUGGAGAUGAUGUUCACCGAGCUGUAGAUAAUGAAAGGGACGGUGUCACUUACAGUUACUCCUUCUUUCACUUCAUGCUUUUCCUGGCUUCCCUUUAUAUCAUGAUGACCCUUACCAACUGGUACAGGUAUGAGCCUUCUCAUGAGAUGAAAAGUCAGUGGACAGCUGUCUGGGUGAAAAUCUCUUCGAGUUGGAUCGGCCUUGUACUCUAUGUUUGGACACUGGUGGCACCACUUGUUCUUACAAAUCGUGAUUUUGACUGAACAGGACAUCCAGCAUGAAAGUCCCAGUUUGAUCAUUGCUUAUUGGAAAUUAAUAGUAUUUCCAACUUUCGUAAAGUUGUGUAUGUGUGUGCUUCCCAUAAAACUUCUCCAGUGUUCUGGCAUGAGAUUUUGCUGCUUGCCAUUUUAUUCAUUGUAUUCUUGCCAAGUGCAUUGAUAGGUGUGUUAGAAUGAAUCACAGAGGUUUUAUGAGUAUGGUGGAAAGUUAGGGAAAGUGGACAUUCGGUUCAUCUUGUUCUGUACCUGUGAAAAUAAUAGUAAAAAGAGAACUUGACAAUUUUAAAUUUUGUUAGAACUGAAGCUGUAUCUUAGAAAGUAUAAAAGGAAGUGGCUGCCUUUUGAAAUACUUGAUGCCUUGCCUUACAGGAGAUUGCAAAGAACAUGGGCUAUUUAAAAAUUUUGUAAACAAGUCACUUAAAUGGCAGUUGUCUGAAAAAUCUUUUCAGGUUUUUCCAUUAUAUAAAUAUAGGAAACUUAUACAGGUGGGGAGUGUUUGAGGGACAAUAAUGUAGGUUAUGAUGAAGAUUGAGAUUUCAAAGAAAGAUUGGUGGUGAGCACUAAAUUAAAUACUCACUUAGUUUAUAGUCUUCCUUGGGUAGAGAUGGCCUUCCACACCAACAUAGUGAAACUUGUUUUGGUCAUUGUAAACAUGUGCGAAAGUAAGGGGUUAAUGGAGAUGCUGGGAACUCUGAAGAAUGUAGACAAAGGUUUUGAAAAGGAUAAUCAUGAAUUAGAAGGAAGUUGGUGAAAAUCACCGUGAAAAUUCAUUUUGAAAAUCAAAGGUGUUAAACUUUUGACAGGACAACAAGAAACUGCAAAUACUAGGCUUUAGUAGAUACUUAGACAAAAUCUAGUCCAAUCCUCCUGUUUUAAAAAUGAAGCAACUGAGGCACAGACUUAACUCAGAUAGCUAAUUAGUGGCAAAGCUGGGAAGUCCUAAGCCAAAAUAGCUGACAUUCAAAACUUAAUUCUAUUAACAAAAAACAAAAAGAAAACACAUAAUAGAUUUUACACGUGAGUACUGGUGGGUAAUUUAUGUGAUGUGGAUUGCUCGUGUCCAGCUUGCCUUCUACUUUUAAACUAAGGUCACGAGAAUGAUGGAAUGCUGUACAAUAAACUGCUUAUAGUAUACUAUACAGUU